AAGGUAACGGCUACUGAGCCGGUGAGUGUGGCCUACCGGCUUCCACUCAGACCAUAGACUGAACACAAUCAAUAAUUUCUGUGAUUCAGAUGUUCCGCGGCGGCUGGUGAGCCCCAACUCCCGAGCCUUUGCGUGGGCUGGUGCAUGGGAGCGGGAAAGGGAUUGUGAGCGAAGUUAUGGAUUUGCACCCGAUUUGCACAUCAAGGUCGCGGAUCUCUGAGUCUCUGACCCGGCCCAAGCUCAUCCAUGAAAAGCUGAGUUGGUCCGACACUCACAAGGACGUCGACAUUCUGUGUGCCGGAAUGCCGAUGCUCACGAGGAUGAUGCCCUUGCCCACUCCCGUCGCGGGAGUCGUUGAUGAGGAGGAGGAGUAGCGGACAACGGAAGACUAACAGCAGUCAGGUUGGUCGGCUGGCUGCCUUGGGUGGAACUACCUUGCUAGGUGCUGUUCGGCAGCUCGGGUAUCAAUCACAUCUGUGGGCAGUGGGUGAGUCGAGACAGGCGAAUGAGUUCUGAAGACAAGCAGAAGAUCUGAGAUCGAGAACCAAGGCGUGACUGACUCGGACAGAGAAUCCAACUGUCAGUCUCUGAGACUGCAGCUCGCUCUAUCCCUGAGCUGUCUCUUCAAAAUGUGCCCUUGGGUUCCCGUCGCACUUCGCUCUAUUCUCUCCCGAUGCACAUAUAUAGUACAUGUUCUUCCGGGUCCGUCAUCCAUCAUCGGCUCUCUUCCCCUUCUCCUCUCAGCGCACACUGCAGGAGCUGCAGCGAAUUGCUUUCUCUUCACCUCUCCCCUCAUGACAGCGAGCACCACCGUGGAGCAAGUAGCUGGCACUAUGGCCAAGACCGAUCUGAAAGGGGAGCCUCAGGCCAAGGACUCGAAGACGGGAUCGGGAGAGAAGGAUGCGAAGGCCGGAGCUGUGGUGUGGACGGGGCACGAUGAGUCGAUGGACAAGGCCGUGGCUCUCAUGGAGCAGUUCGGUCUGCCGCUGGGCCUGUUGCCGCUGGAGGAUGUGCAGGAGCUGGGCUUCGACGAGUCCACAGGCUACAUGUGGAUCACGCAGAAGAAGAAGGUGGAGCACACGUUCAAGCUCAUCAGCAAGCAAGUCAGUUACGCCGAAGAAAUCAAGGGCUACGUCGAGAAGGGCAAGAUCAGGAAGCUGAGCGGAGUCAAGGCAAAGGAGCUGUUCCUCUGGGUCCCUGUAAUCGACAUUACCGUUGAUGGUGACCAUAUCACUUUCAAGAGCUAUGGGGGCGUUAACAAAGUCUUCGCUGCUCAAGCCUUUGCUGCCGGACAGUGAGUUAGUAAGCGCAUUGCAACUGAAUUUGAUUCUGAUCCCGUGCUGUUGGUGCAUGUUGAUUCAAUUCCACGACUACCUGUAAUACAACACUCAGACUAUUGUCCGAGAUUCAAGGGAUGAAGCGUUGACACGAGUUGAGCUAGAAGUUACCCUCAAGCUAGUUCGUCUGGACAUCGCUACAAUAAGAUGUGGAGAUUUUGGGCAGGACUAACAACUCUCUCUAUCUAAAUCUUAUUUAAGGCCAGAACAUUCAUACAGUACUUUGAAACCUGUCUCGAGGAUUUGUCAGAACUCUUGGUUACUUGCAUGUAAUCUGCCCGCAAGAAAAGUUCCAUCCGAACAUCAGCCAAGCAUGAUUAGUAACGAUAAAUAUGCCUCUCGAUCGAGCCCAGCCCGCUUUCGCUUUCAUGACGUGCUCCUGCAGUCUUUCGUAAGCCGAAGGGAAAUUUCAGGUUUACGUAGCUUCAUACCGACCAGCUAAAUCACUCGGCAGCGUCUUCAAAUCGGAUUCUUUUAUAUGUCGUAGUUGCAUGUGCGACAAGGCAACCUGGUUUUAGACGUCGUCCCUCAGCUCAAUUAGAGUCUCCUCGUAGUUGUGUUGUCAUAGUACACUCACCCUGCACUGCAUUAUUUGCAUGGAAAAGUGACAACUGCAAUGAAUGUAAACUGCAACUACCCCGUUUCAGGUAUACUGCUGCGGUAGGAUCUGCUUCAGGACAAACAUUACCACUAGGCCCAUCGGCCACUGAGAACGCCGCCAGCGGAGAGGAAAGAACUGUC